AUGGCCAGCAAAACAAAGAAGACAGGUGUGGGGAAGAAGGUCAAGAAGACCCCCGUCAAGCGGACGCCCAAGUUGAAGGAAAAACUUGCUAAAGAAAGCAAGGUGGUCCGUUUGGACAAUUUGGCUUGGAAACCAGUGGAGAUACCAGACAAUUUAGGUGACUAUGAAGGGUUCUAUGGACUAGAAGAAAUAGAUGGAGUAGACUUUGAGAUUGUUGAUGGCAAGCCUCGUUUCACAGUGAAGGAUGAUCUGAAGAUAGCAAAGAAGGAAAAGAAAGUGAAGAAAGCAGAGCCAGAAGCAGAAGAAGAAGAAGAAGUUGAAGAUGGUGAAGGUGAUGAUGAUGAUGAAGAGUUCACAGGGUUUGAUGAUAAAAAUGAUAUUAAAGUUGAUGAUGAAGAAGAUAAGGACGAUGGAAACGUUGAUGAAAUUCCUACUGUUUCUCAAUUAGACUCUGAUAAAUUAUUAUCAAAUACAUUCCUGAGCCUUGACCUCCCGUUGCCGGAUGAUGAUCAAAUAGAUCUUCCACAGUGGGAAGACGAUUCCUACUCCUUAAGUCCGUAUACAUUGUCGGGAUUGAAGGCGUUGGGCUUCACGUCGCCUACCUUGAUCCAGAAGAAGGCUAUCCCCGUGGCCUUGCAAGAAAAGGACCUUGUGGGUAAAGCCACCACCGGUUCAGGUAAGACAUUAGCAUUUGGUAUACCUAUAUUGGAGAAGUACUUGACCAAUUUGAACACCAUCAAGGAGAACAACAAGGAAAGCAUCAUCAACCAACCCACGGGAAUUAUCUUUACUCCCACCAGAGAAUUGGCCCAUCAAGUGGUUGAUCAUUUGAACAAGUUGGCCAAAUACUCGCCAUUAUCCACCCUGGGAAUCGUCAGUAUCACUGGGGGGCUUUCCAUUCAAAAACAAGAGCGUCUUUUAGCCCGAGGACCAGGCAUUUUGGUGGCUACCCCCGGUAGAUUUUUAGAGAUCAUUGAAAAGGAUAUGGAAGUGUGUAAACGGUUGGCAGCCACAGAUAUUCUUGUUCUUGAUGAAGCCGAUAGACUUUUGCAAGACGGUCAUUUCGAUGAGUUUGAAAGAAUAUUGGAUCUUUUCAAGAAACACAGACCAAAGCAAAAGAAUAAGCCUUGGAAAUGGCAGACCAUGGUGUUUUCUGCCACCUUUUCCAAAGAGUUAUUUGGUAAGUUAGACAAAAAGAAUAAGGGGAAUAAGAACGGCAAUAGCAACGGAAGCUCGUUGUAUGAUAAUGAAGAGAUCUUAAAGCUAUUGAACGAUAAGUUGAAGUUUAAAGAUACCAAGCCAACCUUAGUUGAUGCCAACCCUAAAGAGAUUGUUAGUGGUAAGGUUACGGAAGCCUUGGUUGAAUGUGGAGCUACAGAGAGAGAUUUGUAUCUCUACUAUUUUCUUCUCAUGUACCCUGGUUCAACGUUAGUGUUUGCCAAUUCUAUCGACUCUGUCAAGAGAUUGGUUCCCUUCUUGAGGAACUUGAACAUCCCCUGUUUCUCCAUUCACUCCAACAUGAUCCAAAAACAAAGAUUAAGAGCCUUGGAACAAUUCACGGCAGCUACGUCCAAGAACGAGACUGUGGUUCUCGUGGCUUCCGAUGUGGCAGCUAGAGGAUUGGAUAUUCCCAACAUUGAUCACGUUGCCCAUUACCAUUUGCCCAAAUCUGCAGACAUAUACAUCCAUAGAUCCGGGAGAACCGCCAGAGCCGGGAACGAAGGUGUUUCUGUGAUGUUUUGUUCCCCCCAGGAAGCUUCUGGACCUUUAAGGAAAUUAAGAAAGUUGGUGGCAUCGUCUGCUGGUGCUGGUACGGCUGCAAAAAUGGAUUUGCAUGGUGAUGUUAAGCUCCUUCCCGUAGAGAUGGAUCUUGUUGGUCAAUUGAGAGAAAGAGCCAGUCUUUCAGCCAAACUCGCAGACUCACAAAUCAGUACCAGCUCAACAAGCAAAGAAGAUUCAUGGAUGAAACAAGCAGCAGAAGAUUUGGGUAUAGAAGAUUUAUCCGACAUCGAUAGCUAUGCAGAUGACAUCAUCAAGAAACAAAGGAAGAGAAAGGAAACCAAGCUGUUGUCCAAAGACGAGACCAGGGUGUUGAGAGCAACUCUUAGAGACAUACUUAGCCAGCCAAUCAGAAAGAACUCCAGAAGAUCGUAUCUUACCAGUGGACUUCAGAACUUGGCCCAUGAGAUUGUCAGUGGGAAAACACAUAAGGAAGUUCUUGGACAUUCGCAAGUCAAUGCUUUACAAGAUUUGAAGAGCUCCAAGGGCAUCAGAUCAACUGACAAGAAGAUUGUAAAGAGUGGAGACUUGCUUAAACAAAAGAAGAAGGCGGACAAGCAAGCUAGAAAGGACAGUAAGAAGGAUAAGAAGGAGCAGAUGAGAAACAAGUCAUUUAAAGGAGAAGAAGACGAGGAAUAA